AUGAAUGCUACGGCUUCAGAGGAAACCAAAGAUACUGCUACGACUUCAGAGCAGACUGAGGUCGUUUUACCACCACCGGGAAGCUGUGAAGAUGCUAUGGACGAAGAAACCCCUUCGGUAGCAAGCCAAGAGCAUCAAGCUGGCACUUACACUCCACCACCAGCAAGCUGCGAAGAAGUCGCUGACGAGAAGUGA